GGGACCCUCCCAGCCGCGAGCUGGGGGAAGCAUGGAGCGCAGGGGAUGAGCGCAGGAGAAGCCGCAGGCUGCCCUGAUUGACAGCUGAAGUGUCCUAAAAAGGGCUCGGCGAGAUGCUUAUCGGGAGGUUUAUAUAGCAGCCGAGCGAGCGCACGCUGGAGAGCGCUCACUCACCCCUGCAAAGCCAGGCGAGCCGCAGAGACCGCGACUGGGGUGGGCCCCCCCCCGGUGGCAGCCCUGCUCCGCUCCCCGGGACCCUCCCCGCUCCCCAGAGAGAGAGAGAGAGAGCUCGCUCCUUUCCCUGGCGUCCUCCAGCCUGGGCCGCUCUUCGGGGAAGGAGGCUGAGCCAGCGGCGGCUUCCACCAUGCACUGCCAUGGCGAGCUCAGGCUCGCGUCCCCGGGGCAGCUCAAGGCAGCCAGGAGGCGCUACAAGACUUUCAUGAUCGAUGAGAUCCUAGCCAAGGAGACCUGCGAUUACUUUGAGAAACUUUCCCUUUACUCUGUCUGCCCUUCCCUCAUCGUCAGACCCAAACCUCUGCACUCCUGUACGGGGUCCCCAUCUCUGAGGGCAUAUCCUCUCAUCUCCGUCAUCACCCAGCAGCCCUCUGUGGUCCCUCAUCUUGUCCCUGCAGCUCCCAGCUCCCGAGCACUGUCACCCCACUCCUCCUUGGGAGCCACCAGCGCGGAAACACCAGCCAGCGAAACCCAUGCCAGCAGCGAGUCAGAAGGGGAGCAGCCCACCCCACGGUUGAAAAAGCCUCGCCGAAGCCGGACCAUCUUCACAGAAGUCCAGCUGAUGGGGCUGGAGAAGAAAUUCCAAAAGCAGAAGUAUCUGUCCACACCAGACAGGCUUGACCUUGCCCAGUCACUGGGGCUGACUCAGCUCCAGGUGAAGACUUGGUACCAGAAUCGCAGGAUGAAGUGGAAGAAAAUGGUACUGAAAGGUGGACAGGAAGCUCCGACAAAGCCCAAAGGCCGCCCAAAGAAAAACUCCAUCCCCACCUCAGAAGAGAUUGAGGCAGAGGAAAAGAUGAACAGCCAAGUUCAGAGGCAGAUAUUCGAGACAUCUCAGGCCCCAGAAGAGCCUGAAUUGACAGAGGAGAAGCCUGAAGUCUCCUUGGAGACGGGAAAGUCUCCAGAGCACACAGUGGAGCCCUCCCCAGAGGAGACGACGCCCUCAAGUUAAAAGAAGAAAAACAGGGAAAAAAAAAACAGAAAAAAAAACAGAAAAAGGAAAGAAGAAAAAAAAUAUAAAUAAAUAAAAACAAAAAGACCUUGUGUAUAAGUCAAGAGCUUGUGCACUUUGUGCCUUUGGGAAUCAACCAGCAUGGGCCACCGUGGAACAAAGAAACCCAAUGCAUAUGGUGAUAGUCUUUCCCUUCCCAACAGCAUGUGUAAGUCCUCCUUGUGGAUAACAAGGGGGCCUGAGUACUUUAGAGCUAUCUUCCAGAAGAGACUGUGUCUAGAAACGCGAGACAGCCUGGAGAAUCAGGAAAAGCCCAGGGUUCCUUUCAUGGCGCGGGAGGUGGUUGUGUAGUGAUAUGACCAUCUUGGAGGGUUCGGUGUGUUCGCUUGACCGUAUCUUUGCCUCUUAAGGUAGAAAUGGA